UCGGCUUACUUCUCGUUAAAGCGUGGCGAGUUGUGUGAAUCUAGACUACAUCAAGAUCGAACGUCACGUAAAUGGCGAGCAGCGUAUAUGACGUAUAUGAGACGGUGAUAUAAAGAGAAAAUAGGAUUGAUUUGUCGCGCGAUCUCUCGAGUCAAGUCGAGUCAGUCGUUCAGCGCGAAGGCCAAGUCGCAUUGUCAACAGCCACAACGGACGUCGACGUGCGCACGGACGAGCCGUUUCCCGUUUAUCCGCGGUGGCGAACGACACGUCCGCAGGAGGAUGGCGACUUGACCUCUCACGAAGAAUGGAAUGCUGUGCGCAACGAAUAUCGAAGUAAUAUCCACUCUACUGGUGCUACUAAAGGUAUAAGAUGGCGGAUGUUGAUCCUGAGACUCUGCUGGAAUGGCUUAGUAUGGGGCAAGGAGACGAAAGGGAUAUGCAGUUGAUUGCAUUAGAGCAAUUAUGUAUGCUCCUGCUUAUGUCUGAUAACGUCGAUCGUUGCUUUGAAUGUUGCCCGCCACGCACGUUUCUCCCAGCGCUUUGCAGGAUCUUUCUGGACGAAUUAGUACCAGACAGUGUCUUAGAAGUGACUGCACGAGCCAUCACAUAUUAUCUUGAUGUUUCGGCAGAAUGUACGCGAAGAGUGGUGGCUAUGGAAGGUGCUGUGAAAGCUAUCUGUAGUCGACUGUCUGGUGCCGGACUCGGUUCUAGAGCUAGUCGAGAUCUAGCGGAGCAAUGUAUAAAGGUAUUGGAACUUGUGUGCGCAAGAGAAGCGGGUGCUGUGUUCGAGGCAGGCGGCCUUCCUUGCGCCUUGUGUUUCAUUCGAGAACACGGAGCACGUGUACAUCGGGACACAUUGCAUUCGGCGAUGGCAGUAGUCACCCGAUUGUGCGGCAAAGUGGAACCCCAAGAUAAAGCUCUGCCAGAUUGUGUCGAAGCUCUGUCGGUCUUACUGAGGCACGAGGAUGCACAUGUCGCAGACGGGGCGCUUCGUUGUUUCGCAUCGUUGGCAGAUAGAUUUUCUAGAAGAGGCACCGACCCUGCGCCGUUGGCAUCAAAUGGAUUAGUUUCUGAGCUUUUGUACAGAUUAUCAAACGCUGCAGGACCGGGCACUUCCGCUACAGCAACAUGUAGCAACCCAAAAACGCCCCCGCCAUCUAGUACUGCGACAACAGUUCCGGCUCCGGAACCAAAAUCCUGUGCUUCAGUGUCAACCAUAAUCAGUCUUUUAUCAACACUCUGCAGAGGAUCACCAUCGAUCACACAUGAUCUCUUACGUUCUGAAUUACCAGACGCGAUUGAGAAGGCACUAAAAGGGGACGAACGAUGCGCCCUCGAUUCUAUGAGACUGGUUGAUCUCCUUUUGGUCUUGUUGUUCGAAGGGAGAUCGGCAUUGGGCCGUAGUACCACAGGCGGGCCGUCCGGACCCUUAUUACCAAGACUGAGACGCUUGGACAGCGCCGGUGAGAAGUCCCACCGGCAGCUGAUCGAUUGUAUACGUUCAAAAGAUACAGAUGCGCUGAUAGAGGCGAUCGAUUCAGGCGGGAUCGAAGUCAAUUUUAUGGAUGACGUUGGGCAGACAUUGCUUAAUUGGGCAUCCGCAUUUGGCACGCAAGAAAUGGUUGAGUUCUUAUGCGAUCGAGGAGCGGAUGUAAACAAGGGUCAGCGUUCAUCUAGCUUGCAUUAUGCGGCUUGUUUUGGUAGGCCAGCCAUUGCCAAAGUCCUACUUAGACACGGUGCUAAUCCCGAUCUACGGGACGAAGAUGGCAAAACACCGCUUGACAAAGCUAGAGAGCGCGUCGACGAAGGACAUCGAGAAGUCGCGGCGAUAUUACAGUCGCCUGGCGAAUGGAUGUUACCGCCGAAUCAAGAGCAUCGGAAACUCGAGGCGGAAGUAGAGGAGUUCACCGAGCCGAAGGGAGAUCCCGAGAUGGCGCCUGUCUACCUGAAAAGAUUAUUACCAGUAUUCUGUGCAACUUUUCAAUCAACUAUGUUACCGAGUGUUAGGAAAGCAAGUUUAAGUUUGAUCAGAAAAAUGGUGCACUACAUCCAACCAGAGUUACUUAUAGAGACCUGCGGGUCCGAUAGCACCGGAGGAUGCGGAGCUAUGCUCGUGGAAGUCAUCGCUAAUGUAUUGGACAACGAGGAGGACGAGGACGGUCACUUGGUCGUUCUGCAGAUGAUACAGGACUUGAUGAUUAAGGGCAAGGACGAGUUCUUGGAACACUUCGCACGUCUAGGAGUAUUCUCAAAAGUAGCCGCCCUGGCCGGACCGCAAGAGACCACGCCUGAACCGGAAGCGGAGUCGAAUCAAUCAGGCGAAGAACAACGGAUGGAGGAUGCGAAGGAGCUACUAGUGGGAAGAGCAUAUCACUGGAGGGACUGGUGCAUAUGUCGAGGUCGAGAUUGCCUGUACAUCUGGUCGGAUGCGGCGGCCCUGGAACUAUCGAACGGCAGUAACGGAUGGUUCCGAUUCAUCCUCGACGGCAAACUGGCCACCAUGUAUUCUAGCGGCAGCCCGGAAGGCGGAACGGACACGUCGGGAAAGGGGAGGAAUACAGAGUCGCUUACCACCGAAGAGAAUCGCGGCGAAUUCCUGGAGAAACUGCAAAGGGCGCGCAGUCAGUUGAAAGUGAACUUUGUGAGUCAGCCUGUACUUUCGCGGCCCGGCACUACGCGCUUGGUUGUAGGAAACUGGGCAUUGUCCAGCAGAAAGGAGAGCGAGCUGUGCAUACACAAUAGCGACGGCCAACAGCAGGCCACUAUCCUGAGGGAAGACCUGCCCGGUUUUAUUUUCGAGUCGAACCGUGGUACCAAGCAUUCCUUUACAGCGGAAACCAGCUUAGGUCCGGAAUUCGCGGCAGGAUGGACUGGCAAGAGAGGCAAGAGAUUGAGAUCAAAGAUUGAAGCAAUCAAGCAGAAGGUGAAGGUGCAAGCGCAGGAGAUUUACGAACGUUACUUCAAGGCAGCACAGGCUCAACCGCGCGGCGUAGUGGCAAAACUCGGCGCCAUCGUCAGCCAGAUCGAGAAAGCCACACAGAAACAACAAUCAGGCAAUCGCGAGUGGCGUAAUAUACUACAGACCGCGUUGGAGCAGCUGAAGGUGCUGCUGAACGAGGAAGGUCGGGUGUCUGCGUACGAAUUGCACUCCAGUGGCCUCGUACAAGCGUUGCUCGCUUUGCUAGCCGCACCUCCUGGACCUUCGCCACCAACUCUCAGGGCGACCAAGCUUAGGAUGCAGAGGAUAACCGUAUUCAAGAGCUGCUUUCAAACGAAAGACAUGAAUAAAGAACACAACUCCGCGAAAAUUUUGGUUCACAAACUGGUCUCGGUGUUGGAGUCGAUAGAGAAAUUACCUGUCUACCUGUAUGAUACACCCGGAUCAGGUUACGGUCUGCAGAUCUUGACAAGAAGAUUGCGCUUUCGACUGGAGAAAGCCUCCGGCGAGAGCGCGUUGAUAGACAGAUCCGGUCGUAGCUUGAAGAUGGAACCGCUCAGCACGAUACAGCAAUUGGAGAAUCACUUGUUAAAAAUGGUAGCUAAACAAUGGCAUGAUCAUGACAGAUCCACGUUCACGUUCGUGAAGAAACUAAAGGAGGAGAGUAGGAUAAUGUUCAAGUAUCAGCACGACUUUGACGAAAAUGGCGUGCUAUAUUGGAUCGGGACGAACGCCAAGACCUGUUCCGAGUGGGUGAACCCGGGCCAAUAUGGUCUGGUAGUGGUCACGUCGAGCGACGGAAGGAACUUACCUUAUGGUCAUCUCGAGGAUAUUCUUAGUCGCGACCCAUCCGCAUUAAAUUGUCACACUAAUGACGACAAGCGUGCUUGGUUCUCGAUAGAUCUCGGAGUCUGGAUCAUCCCGAGCGCUUACACUCUGCGACACGCGAGAGGCUACGGCAGAAGCGCUCUGAGGAACUGGAUGUUCCAGGCAUCGAAGGACGGCGUCACGUGGAUCACACUGUAUGCCCACGUGGACGAUUGCUCCUUGAAUGAACCAGGUAGCACGGCCACGUGGACGCUGGAACCUCCGAGCGAAGAAACACAAGGCUGGCGGCACUUACGAUUACAACAGAUCGGCAAAAACGCCUCCGGCCAGACGCAUUAUCUAUCGGUGUCUGGCUUCGAGGUUUACGGAGAAGUCACCGGCGUGUGCGAAGAUCUAGGUCGCGCCGCCAAAGAGGCCGAAGCCGGUGUGCGAAAGCAGAGACGAUUCAUCAAGACGCAAGUCCUCAAACAUCUGGUCGCAGGAGUUCGAGUGGCCAGAGGUUUAGAUUGGAAGUGGAGGGAUCAGGAUGGUGUGCCACCAGGCGAAGGUACAGUAACGGGUGAGUUGCACAACGGAUGGAUAGACGUGACGUGGGAUCAUGGUGGAUCGAAUUCGUACAGAAUGGGUGCAGAGGGAAAAUACGAUCUCAGAUUGGUCGGCACUACUCUCGAGACAGACAGCGCAGCUAAGUGUAAGAGUAGCGGUGGAGUUUUAACGGGUCGAAAGUCAAGUAGCACUCCCAGCUUACCAGAUUGCACCGACACAGCUAUGCGUGGCUCGGUAGCCUCCACGGAUCAAGCCGCGAGCGCGGAUAAUCUGGCGGCAAAGCAGGCUGCCGAGUCGAUAGCCGAGAGUGUGUUAUCAGUAGCACGUGCUGAGGCGGUCGUUGCUGUAACCGGCGAAGGUGGAGCGAACUCUACAAGCGAACUAUCAGUCGUACUGCAUCCUAGACCUGACACAACCGUUACUAGCGAUUUAGCCACUAUUGUUGAAAGCCUCGCCCUUAAUACGGAUUGUCCAGCCAAUAGUACUAGCAAUCGUGCAUCCAGCUCCAAACCACUUUUCGCUACUCUAAGAGGUAACAAGGCCAGCGGCGGUUUAUUGAGUUUAGAGGCUGCCGAGGUUCUGGAUCGUAUGAGAGAGGGUGCUGAUAGAUUACGGAAUAAUACUAAUAGUUUUCUAAGUGGUGAACUACUCGGCUUGGUUCCCGUUAGAAUCAGUGUGUCUGGCGAGUCCGAUGAGAACUCGCUGAGAAUUAAGUCUGUGUCAAGGCAUCAUCCUACGGGGAUCACGGAUGUUGCUAAAGACUGUACUCGAGAGAAAGAGGCUAGCUCGUCUACGCAAAAUACAACGGGUGGUUGUCCUGUUGUGGUUACCAAUCCCAUGUCGGUAUCUGUGCCUAAUCUCGCUUGUUCCGAUGCUAACAAUACCUUGGAACCAACAGCUGCUACUGGUUUAUUGGAAACUUUUGCUGCGAUGGCGCGAAGACGAACGUUAGGACCUACGGGUGGGCAGCAUCUCGCUUCGAAUUCUAAUACGAGCUCUAAUUCACGAGGGCCAAAUUCCGUGUCUAGCCUCGUGCGACUGGCGCUCAGUCCUAAUUUUCCCGGUGGAUUACUUAGUACGGCGCAAAGUUACCCGAGCUUGACAAGUAGCGGACAGGUGGCCGGUAGUGGCGUCACUACGACGACUGGACCAGGCUUAGGGCAAGCGCUUACCAUGUCUCUGACUAGUACAAGCAGUGAUAGUGAGCAGGUCAGUCUUGAAGACUUUUUGGAAUCUUGCGGAGGCGUGGCAACCUCCAGCGUUGGUGGAGGUCGAACCACCGGUGCACCUACGCUCCUGGCCGAAUUGGAAGAUGACGAAGACGGUGUUCUGGAAGAGGAAGAGGACAACGAGGAGAACGAUCAAGAGGUGAGUGAGGAAGACGAAGAGAACGAAGAAGAAGGCGACGGUUGCGAGGGUGAGUACGAGGAGGUGAUGGUGAGUCGUAAUCUCUUGGCAGCAUUCAUGGAAGACGAGACCCCGCAGAGCAGUAAGAGACGCGCGUGGGAUGACGAGUUUGUGUUGAAACGUCAGUUUUCCGCUCUUAUUCCCGCCUUUGACCCGCGUCCUGGACGAACGAAUAUCAAUCAGACAACGGAUUUGGAAGUUCCCCCGCCCGGCAGCGAGACGCAAAUCAAUAGCCGCGUUGGAUCGUUGCCUAUGCCUAGACUGUCUUUGUCGUUGAAGGGGCCAGGAUUCCCUGGUGUAGCGGAUGUCGAGAUACCCCUCUCAGAUCCCCACGCCAGUAUCUUCCAAGCGGUUCAGGAAUUAAUGCAACUGACCGAAUUGGGCAGUCGCCAGGAGAAACUGAGAAGGAUAUGGGAGCCGACCUACACUAUAAUAUACAAAGAAGCCAGAGACGAAGAGUCAUCCGGCAGAGCAACACCGAUUGUGACACUGUAUUCUCGUAACGCCACGCAGAAUGCAAACGCAUGCACUGUGGAGGACGUUCUGCAGCUGCUGAGACACGUAUUCGUCUUGAGCACAGUGCGAGAUGAUGGAAGACCGGCCGCGUUGGAGCAAGAGGAAUCGGACGACACCGCCUGCUGGAUUCAUCCGGACGACUUCACGUCCAAGAAGAUCACGAAUAAGAUUGUGCAGCAGAUUCAAGACCCGCUGGCAUUAGCCGCUGGCGCGCUGCCAAAUUGGUGCGAGGAACUCGCACGAAGUUGUCCGUUCUUGUUGCCCUUCGAGACUAGGCGACUUUACUUCAGUUGCACCGCUUUCGGUGCCUCACGAUCGAUCGUGUGGUUACAAACGCAACGCGACGCGAUUCUCGAGCGGCAACGUGCACCGGGUUUGAGCCCACGACGUGAUGACAGCCACGAGUUCCGUGUCGGCAGGCUUAAGCACGAGAGGGUCAGCGUGCCCAGGGGAGAUAAGCUGUUAGACUGGGCGGAACAAGUGCUGAAGGUGCACGCAAGUCGGAAGAGCAUACUCGAGGUCGCGUUCGUAGGAGAGGAGGGUACCGGCCUGGGGCCUACUUUAGAAUUCUUCGCAUUAGUCGCGGCGGAACUGCAGCGCAGAGAUCUAGGUCUCUGGUUGUGCGAUGAUGCUAACGAUGCGGAAGGCGACGACGAGAACGGUGUGCGGAUCUUGAGCGAGGAGCAGUGUGUCACCACCGAGGAGAAGAUCCGGCCCGCGGGUUAUUAUGUGACACGCGCCAGUGGCUUGUUCCCAGCUCCGCUGCCGCAAGACUCGGCAGCGUGCGACCGCGCUGUUCGAUAUUUCUGGUUCCUAGGAGUCUUCUUGGCGAAGGUUCUACAGGAUAAUAGAUUAGUAGAUCUACCGUUGUCCCGUCCAUUCUUAAAAUUAAUGUGCCGUGGUGAUAUCUCGAACAAUGUCAAUGAGAAAAUCGGUCUCACCGGCGUCACGCAAGAGAGUAUGUCAUCCAGCAUGUCGAGCAGCUUUAUCUCGGAAGAGGGUGAGACCGACGCCGCGUAUUCCACGUUGGAGCCUUGCCCAUGGUACGCCGGAUUACUGGACAUCGAGGAUCUCGCCGAGGUGGAUCCCGUGCGGGGGGAGUUCCUCAAGGAAAUACAGAACGCAAUCACCAAGCGCGAUCGGACCUUCUCCGACGGCCCGAGCGCCGUCGACGAAGAGACGUCGUUAUUGUACAUUUGUCAUCAGUCCGGUAUUUCAGUGGCCAUCGAAGAUUUAGCAUUAACCAUGACGUAUUCACCAAGUUCGAAAGUGUUUCAACACGAUCAAGUGGAGUUAGUGGAAAACGGCGCAGACGUUACGGUGACGAUAGAGAACGCGAGGGAAUACACCAAUCUCACCAUCAACUACUGCCUUAACCAAGGGAUAUGUAGGCAACUCGAGGCGUUCAAGUCGGGCUUCUCCAAAGUCUUCCCCAUGGAGAAACUGCACGCUUUCAGCCCAGAGGAAAUGAGAGCGAUGCUUUGCGGCGAACAGCAUCCGCAGUGGACGAGGGAGGAUCUGCUCAAUUACACCGAGCCAAAAUUAGGAUACACGAAGGAAAGCCCUGGCUUCCAAAGAUUCGUUAAUGUGUUGUUGUCGCUGACGGGUUCUGAGAGAAAAGCGUUCUUGCAAUUUGCCACCGGCUGCUCGGCCCUACCUCCGGGUGGUCUAUGCAAUUUACAUCCCAGAUUGACCGUCGUGCGCAAAGUGGACGCCGGCUCCGGUGGUUAUCCUUCAGUUAACACCUGUGUUCAUUACUUAAAAUUACCAGAAUAUCCUACCGAGGAAAUACUGAAGGAGAGACUCUUGGCUGCUACUCGGGAACGAGGAUUUCACUUGAAUUAAAGAAAUUUUAUUUCGCUCGCCCGAGAGGAGAAAGAAGGGAUGCGAAUUAUACGCGGAAGAAAAUUAUUAUACUUAACAGAACGAUAUUACAUGUUAUAUAUGUAGGAAGACGAGUACGCGGCCUUUAUCGUAAUUUGAUAUAAUUUUAUUUUUGUUUUCCCUGGUAUAAGAGGUACACAUAAUAUAAAUAUAUAUAACGUAGUGUAUUAAAAAAAAAAAACGGCAACUUAGUAACCUGGGACGGAAAGAGCUUUGUUUCUGCAGAAAAA